GUCAGUGAAUCAUACACUCACAAGAUUCAGCCAUCGGAGACGAUUUUCGAGAUGUCGAUUCCGCCGAGACCCACCGACCCUCGUUCCCCGAAGAGGCAAAGAUUCCCUCCUGUCGUUGAAGACGACGAAUCAUCAGAAGACGACGAGGAUUACACCGCCGCAAGUGUCGACGAGGAAGAAGACGACGAAGGCGACGACAGCGACGAUUCGGAAGCCGCAAGCGUCGCCGAGGAGGAAGCGGUACGAGGAGAAGAAACAGUGAUCGGAAUCGCAGUUGGUGUAACGGAGGCACAACCUGCAAGAUCUGUAAGCAGUUGCAGCCCGAGUUCUUCUUCAUCGCCGCAACAACAAUCCAUAAAGCUGAAAAGUUCCGAUGUUCUCGAUUGUCCCACUUGCAACGAGCCACUCAAGAGACCAAUCUAUCAGUGUACUAAUGGGCAUCUAGCUUGUUCUUCAUGCCUCCAUAAACUGAGGAAGAAAUGCCCGUUCUGCAGAUUAGACAUCGGUGACAUUCGAUGCAGAGCCUUGGAGAUUGUCCUCGAAGCAUCCAUAGUCCCUUGCCGAAACACAGUACACGGGUGUACUGAGACCACCUCGUAUGAUACUCAAUCAAAGCAUGAGAAGGUGUGUAUUUUCGUCCGGUGCUCUUGCCCUUUACCUAACUGCAGCUACAUCGGCUCCUACACUGAUGUCGAGAGCCACACUCGUUCUGUACACUCUUGGGACUCGGAUAACUUCAUCCCGUUUGUGCUGGAUAGUCCUCAGAUCUUUAGCAUGAACCUCCGUAAGCAGAAGACGACUGUUUUUCAGGAAGAGAAGAAGGGUGAUUUGAUUGUGGUUCAAGCUUUCAAAGGAUCGGACGGUGUGUACAUGACCGUGAGCUCUAUCUCGCCAUUGACUCCGGGAUUACCCAACUUCUCAUGUAGUCUAGCUAAACUCAACUCGUAUACCACGCUAAGGCUUGGAUUGAUGGUGAAGAAGAUUCAGAAAGUUGAAGAGCAACUAGAGAAGCCUGACGUGAGCUUCAUGUUGAUUCCAACUUAUAUGUUGAGUGGUGAUCACUUGAAGCUGCAAAUUUGCAUCGGUAGGGAAUAUAAGUAUGUUCAUAUCUAAGAAAGAUGUGUUGAGUCUUCUCCUCUUCACUGAAUCAUCAUAAAACUUCUCUAACGGUGAACUUUUUGUUGUAACAUUCAAUUUCAGUGUUUGUUUGAAGUCUCCUUGCAGUGUUUUGCUUAGUUUUGAAAUUGAAAUUUCAGCUUAUUAU